CAAGGAAAGCCCUAUCGACAACAAGUCGCUAAACAACAGCAAUAAAGCAGCCAAACCAGAUCGUGGAUUCCACGAGUUCCCAAAUGCACUUGUCGACUACCUAGUCGCUUCCAGUGAAAGAAAGAAGGAGGAGGAAAACUUGACGAAUUUUCUGGACAGUGUUUUAC